AUGGCUCCAGCGAGUAUGAUCAAGGCGCCGGUCGGGCAGAAUCCGAGGCUCGCGUGCCACGCUCCGGGGAGAGGCGGAGGCGUGGUCAGGUGCUCGUUGCAGGGCGCGGUCGUCGGCGGCCGGGCGGAGUGGCAGAGCAGCUGCGCCGUGCUGUCCAGCAAGGUUGCCGCGCUCGGGACGCACUCCAUCAACGGCCACGUCGCGCCGUCGCCGGCGCCGGCGCCGAGUCAGAACGGGGCGGUGCUGGAUUUGGUCCCCGUGAGUAGUAUCACUGGCGGCGCCAUCACCAAGACGAACCUGCCGCAGCCGAUUUGCAUCGCGGACCUGUCCCCGGCGCCGAUGCACGGGUCGCAGCUGCGCGUGGCGUACCAGGGCGUGCCCGGCGCGUACAGCGAGAAGGCGGCCGGGAAGGCGUACCCGGGGUGCGACGCCAUCCCCUGCGACCAGUUCGAGGUGGCGUUCCAGGCCGUGGAGCUGUGGAUCGCCGACCGCGCGGUGCUCCCCGUGGAGAACUCGCUGGGCGGCAGCAUCCACCGCAACUACGACCUGCUCCUCCGGCACCGGCUCCACAUCGUCGGGGAGGUGCAGCUCCCCGUGCACCACUGCCUGCUGGCGCUGCCCGGGGUGCGCAAGGAGUGCCUCACCCGCGUCAUCAGCCACCCGCAGGCGCUGGCGCAGUGCGAGCACACGCUCACGGCCAUGGGCCUCAACGUCGUCCGCGAGGCCUUCGACGACACGGCGGGCGCCGCCGAGUACGUGGCCGCCAACGGGCUCCGCGACACGGCCGCCAUCGCGUCCUCCCGCGCAGCCGAGCUGUACGGGAUGGAGGUGCUCGCCGACGGCAUCCAGGACGACUCCGGCAACGUCACCCGCUUCGUGAUGCUGGCCCGGGAGCCCAUCGUGCCGCGCACGGACCGCCCCUUCAAGACCAGCAUCGUGUUCGCGCACGACAGGGAGGGCACCUCCGUGCUCUUCAAGGUGCUCUCCGCCUUCGCCUUCCGCGACAUCUCGCUCACCAAGAUCGAGAGCAGGCCGCACCGCCACCGGCCCAUCCGCCUCGUCGACGACGCCAACGUCGGCACCGCCAAGCACUUCGAGUACAUGUUCUACGUCGACUUCCAGGCGUCCCUCGCCGAGCCCCGCGCGCAGAACGCACUGGCCGAGGUCCAGGAGUACACGUCCUUCCUCCGGGUGCUCGGGAGCUACCCUAUGGACAUGACCCCGAUGACCGCCGGCUCCUCCUCCACCAUUUCCUCGUCCGAUCCCUCGUCGUCGUCGUCUUGA